UACGCAGCGGGUGGCUGCUGGUGCGUCAGGAGGAGGCAGACACAGAGAUGCCAUAACAGCAGCAGCAGCAGCGACCGUCACAAGCAUCGAACCGAUCCGCCUCCUGACGGUCCGAGUCCGGCUCAGCGCGUCGCCUCUCAUGCUCUGCCCGCCCCGCAGCGCGUCAGUCCGGGAUUCAAUCGGCGGAGAGCAGCGGAGGAGGCAGCAUCUGGAGCGGAGGAUGCUCUGGGGUUUCCCAGCAGGCCUGUGAAGAUGAGUGUGACAUCAUGGUUCCUGGUGAGCAGCUCGGGCACUCGACACCGCCUCCCCCGAGAGAUGAUCUUCGUGGGCCGAGAGGACUGCGAGCUCAUGCUGCAGUCUCGCAGUGUGGACAAACAACAUGCUGUCAUCAACUACAACCCGACUACUGACGAACAUCUGGUGAAAGACCUGGGCAGCCUGAACGGGACGUUUGUGAACGACCUGCGGAUUCCUGAUCAGACCUACAUCACCCUCAAACUGUCCGACAUCAUCCGCUUUGGAUAUGAUUCUCACGUCUACGUUCUGGAGAAGAGUCAGCACAAAGUCCCAGAAGAGGCUCUGAAGCAUGAGAAGUACAGCAGUCAGCUGCAGAUGAGUCUGAAAGCUUCAGAGGGGAAGAAGAGUGAACCGGAGGAUCGUCCAAAAGGCGAGAAAACGCUGAGCAGCAAGAGCCUGACACAGGAAGCUCCAGUGUGUCGACCCACUCCUCUGUAUGGACAGCCAUCCUGGUGGGGAGAGGAGGAUUAUGGGAGUAAAGUCCAGACCAGCGACGGGUCUCAUCCAGACGUACAGAAAGAUGCUUCGUCUGUGGAUCCAGAUUUUUCUGGAUCUCUGUCAGAGUCCCAACCAAAGACUGUCUUCCCUUCUUACCACCGCGAGCCGAGCUACUUUGAGAUCCCCACCAAGGACUUCCAGCACCCCAAAACCUCAGGGGCGGAGCUCCAUGAGAUCCCCACGAAGGACACGGACACGCCCCCGGCCCCACCCUCUCCUCCCACUCCGACCCCGCCCGUCGUCCAGAGUCACGCCUCCUUCACCAUCGAGUUCGACGACUGCAUGCCCGGCAAGAUCAAGAUCAAAGACCACGUCACAAAGUUCUCCACCCGCCAGAGGAAACCUCAGGCUCCACCCAGCAAGACGACCAUCAUGGCUGCACCUGCAGAUGUGAUGUCAGCAGAGAGCAAAGUGGCUGAUUGGCUGGUCCACAGUGAUGUCAGCAUGAUGAGGAGACGUCCACCGUGUGAAGACGUUUACAGCACCAAGAGUGACCUCGCUAUGAACAUCAAAACCCUCAAAGGUCACCAUCAUGAGGAUGGAACCCAGAGUGACUCAGAGGACCCGGUUCUUAAAGGGAGAAGUAAAUCUCACCACUCUGUCCACUCUCACAUCUCCAUCCAGUCAGAGCAGUCUGAGGUGUCCCAGCAGGACGUCCAGUCAGGUCAGCCUGUCCACUGUCAGCUGCCUGCUCCAAUGCAGAAGCUCCACCAGCCACUGCAGUACUCUCCCCCCAGACAAGCCCCCGCCUCACCUGUGGCCCCCGAGCGGCCUCUGUCCCAGAGCCCUCCUCAGGCUCCAUCCCCCACAGAAGCACCCAAACAGGGGCCCCCUGAGCACCUAACCCAGCAGGCCUUCAUCAUUGAGUUCUUUGAUGACAACCCACGCAAGAAGCGGUCGCAGUCCUUCACGCACAACCCUGCCCAUGCGGACUCAUACUCUGCCCUCAAGGCCAAGCUGGAGCGCCGGAAAGGUGGCGAGAGGCCGGCAUCUGUGCACGGUCACAUCCCUCCUACCCAGCAGGUGACGGUCCCUUUGAAAGGUCAAGGCCACAGUGGGCCCCAGAGGUCAAGCUCUCUAAAAAGGGAGAAGACGGAAGGGGAAGCAGCUUCGUCAAGUUCUUCCUCUCGCUCCUCAUCAGGCAUCGUCAUCAGACCUUUUGGCAGCGUUGGGAAGAAGUCGAAGCUCGCCCAGGAGUUUGCUGCUGAAUUCCUGAAGGAUUCAGGUCGUAAGGACUCCUCCCCAACCAGGGAAAAGACAUCACCUCCACCAAUGUCGGCACCACCGGUAAUGAUGUCGCCUCAUCAUACAAGGAUUCCCUCUCCUCAAGAGCCUCCAGCACCUUCCUCAGUCUCCUACCCCUCCUCGCCCUUACAGCCCUCAGCAAUGUCAAAGGCCUCCGUCCCAACCAGUGUUCCUGGCAAGCAGGCCUCUCCAGUCCCUCUGUCGGACCCUACCAUGUCCCCUAUACUACCCCUGGGCAUCCGUGGAGGAGACCCCAAAGGAUCCCCGAGGAUGAUGAGGAACGAGGAGGACGACAGUCUGAGUGAUGCUGGGACCUACACCAUCGAGACAGAGUCACAGGACAAAGAGGUGGAGGAGGCUCGCAACAUGAUUGAUCAGGUGUUUGGUGUCCUCGACUCUCCAGAGUACAGUGGUGUGAACACAGGAGUGUAUAGACCUGUAAUAAAUGAUGGCAAGGAUGAGCAAGCUAACCUGCCUAGCGAUGGUAGCACUGUGGACCCUUUGCAUGGCUUUAUCCCAGCUGCUAUCAGCGGCCCACCAACAGGCCCCAUACAGGUGCCGGCUGCAGCAGGUCUGGAAGGACCUAAGUGGGUUUCCCGUUGGGCCAGUCUAGCAGACAGCUAUGCCGAACCAGGUUCCACUCCACCUCAAGGGGAAUGUCUAGAAGAUCUGCGAUUCAUGAGCCGGUCGAUGGGAAGUUACAGCUAUGACAACUCAGAGUCAGAAUCAAGCCACAGCUCAAGGACAAGAAGGCUGCUACCCCAGGUGCCUCCAGAAAAGCUGGACAGUGUUGCCCCGAGCAUCCUCAUUCGCCAUGAAUCUUACCAAGGCCAGGAACCUCUGGAUAGAGUCUCUGGUCCUCCACGCCCACAGGACUCCACCCAGCGCCUGUCGGUUCAGGAUGACGUGGAUCCAGACAGCCUGAGUGAUGCCAGUCGCUCAGAUGACACACCUGUUCUGGAGAAAACAAAGAAGAGUCAAGCCAGGACCGGAGCUACGUCUCCAGGAGCCGCAGUUCCUCACUUUAAAGGGUCAGAGAAAGUGUCUCCAUCCACCAAAUCCACCUCCUUCUACAUCGGUUCUGGAGACCAUCCAGGCAAACCUGAUCCGGCCCGAAGCCCAGUACAGUCUGAGAGGACACGUGACCCCCCGGCAAAAACUCCCCCUACCACUGUCCUGAUCCGACACUUGAGUGGACAUGAACCCAAGAGGACAGGUGUCAAACCCAACAGCUCUGCUCCAAACCUGCAAACACAGGACAAGGAUUCUGUCCCCACUAAAGACGGCUGCAUGUCGUCCUUUGUCCGGCAAGAGAGCUUCACCAAAGACCGGCCCACCGAUACUGUCCAGAUGAAGAAACUUCCUCACAUCUCCAGCCACCCGUCCAUCAGAGACAUGGAGCAAAGGAGGGAAAACAUGCAGGACACACAACCCUUCCUCCAGGAGGCUGAGGGGACUCUGUCCUCGCUGGACACCAAGUUCCCUUCCUCUGGUUCAGGUCGUAGCUCAAAGAAGGGAGGCUCCUCCAGUCACAUGGAUGACUCUCUCUCUGGUGAGUCGGAUGUGGACACAGCGAGCACCGUGAGUCAGGUGAGUAGCAAAAAUGCCCCAGUCAGCACCACUUCUAAAAAGCGUCCCGCCAUCAGCAGCCUUCAGAAGGAGAAGUCCUCUUCCAGCCCAUCAAUCCAAGAAAAGGGACGGCAACUCAGUGCCCGCGAACGGCUUUCUGAGAAACGCCGGACCCAGGUGACUGCCGAUGCGUCAAGCAAAGCAGAGGCAGCAAAGCGCUUCCAGAUGCGCCGCAGUGCAGGAAACCGUGGCUCUCUGGAUCUCUCUGAAGGCCAACAGGGUUCUGGUCCACACUGGACUGAAACAACAUCAUCUGAUCAUGAAACUUCCCGUCCAUCCAGCCGCAGCAAGAAAAUCAUCGCCCCUCUUCAGAAAGAAGACAAUGGAAAGACGCCCAAGACGGCGACUCAGCAGGUUCUGACACGAUCCAACAGCCUGUCAGCCCCACGGCCAACCCGGGCGUCAAUGCUUCGUCGAGCGCGCCUGGGCGAGGCCUCAGAUAAUGAAGGUGCUGAGACUGACCGGGGCUCCCAGAAUUCUGACCAUAUCACUGCACCGGCCAAAGUGUCCUCCGAGGGGAAGAAGCUGUCCAGGCUGGACAUAUUAGCAAUGCCCAGAAAGAGAACUGGUUCUUUCACAGCUCCCAGCGACAACGAGACGUCCUCCACAGGCCGGUCUGGUUUCUCCAAUCGGAACUCUGAGUCUGUUGUCACCACCAGGAAGACAUCGGUGGGCGACGCCCGGCAGGCUGCCAGUAGAGGGGGAGGGGCUCCAGGGAAGCAACCAUUGACCCGUACCCGGUCCAGUGGAGCCAAGUACCCUAGCACUGGUUCCCGUCGCAGACAGAAGGGUUCGGACUUUUCCUCUUCUUCUGAGGAAGAAUACGAGACAGGUGCCGGCACUUCCAAAGCCAAACGCUCCUCCCAUCCACCCACCUCCGCCCAGACGCCUCGCAGCCAUCGGUCAGCAGCCACGAGAACUAAAUCUGUCUCCCUGGAGACGGAGGAGGACGAGGAUCAGAAUGACAUUGACCCUUACCAGAACUGGUCCACGCACAGUGCUGAGAUUGCUAAGCUCAGUCAGGAUCUGGCCAAAGACUUGGCCAUCCUGGCGAAAGAAAUCCACGACGUUGCAGGGGACGGGGACUCGCCGAGCUCCGGCAUGGGCACCACCACCUCACCCAGCUCACUGCCCAACACGCCGGCCUCCACCAUCUCUGCCAGGGAGGAGACGCCAUCUUAUCCAUACUUGCGUGGGGUUCGACCAUCUCAGCUGGUCCAACAUAUCCCUGAGGCCAGUUUAAACUACCAGAAGGUUCCUCCAGGUUCUACUGCUGUCUCGGACCUGGACGCAAAUAUGAAUGAGCCAGACCCCAGUUCUAAGCAACGGCGUCCGUGGAACCGUGAAGAGGUGAUUCUGGACAACCUAAUGCUGAAUCCAGUGUCUCAGCUGUCUCAGGCCAUCCGGGAGAACACCGAGCAGCUGGCUGAGAAAAUGAAGGUUUUGUUCCAGAACAAGGCGGAGGUCUGGGAGGAGAUCGAGGCGAAGAUCAACUCUGAGAAUGAAGUCCCCAUCCUGAAAACCUCCAACAAGGAAAUUACCUCCAUUUUGAAAGAACUGAGAAGAGUUCAGAGGCAGCUUGAAGUUAUAAACACCAUUGUGGAGCCUGGUGGGAGUCUUCAGACUGCAGCCGUCGGGACUUCAUCUCUCGGUCAGACUCGAACGUCCUCGAGGGAGAAGAAGCCCGCCGCCAAACCCCGCGGUUCCACCUCGGCCUCCAACGCCAAUGAAAGCACCAAACGGCCACCUCGUGGACCCGACGGGGGCCACUACAUGGCCUGAGCGGGCCACCGUAGCACCUUUGGAGAGUUACUGUGCAUCCACACUGCCAGCAGCCUCUGUCCAAGGUCCUGAUUACUGACUGUAGCACCCAGAUCAGCUCUACACUGAGGUUUAUUGUGUAGUUGGGAUAGGGCCUUAAACCGUCUAAGGCUGGUCAUGUAGGUUCAUCAGCAAACCUUUUUAAAGUAACUCAUCAUCCAUCAAAUUGUGUCCUGUUUUAAGGGGUUAUCUCUUUAAAAGUUCAUAUUCAAACCUGAAUUUGUCGGAUCAAACACUCAGAGAUCAAGAAAUUAGGUUUCUAUUUAUCUUUAAUCAGUGUCCCUCAAUUCAUUGCACACUGGACUCUACAGUGAUACUAUAAUGAGUAGAGGCCUCAGAGCUUAUGAUAUGAGGACUUUCUCUAUUUUAGUCCCAUUGACACUCCUAAAAACAGCAUUGUUGGCACAGCUGCUGUUUGGUCUAUGUGGUUAAGUUUGUUUGUCACCAGAUUGAACUCUAGAGAAAACAUCCUCAGCAAAUGAGUCAAUUUCUCUCCCACAUUCUGAAUUAGACCUGAGCAGUCUUUCCAUUUCCGUUGUGCAUUGCAUUGUGGGAUAUUACUGUGCUUUAGCAUCACAACUCAAAUUCACUUUUUUUGUAAGCAUUCUUUCUGCACAAUGUUGUAUGUAGUCAGUUUCAAAAUCUGAGAUGACAUUUGUAAAAUGUCAUCCAGUUCUUUUGUACAUUCUCACAGCUUCCCUCUAGAGCUGAGCCCUAAAAAGUGUCCUAGAGGUUGGUUGUAAUGAUUGGUAGGACUCAUACUGGUCGUAACAUGCAGUUAGUUUCUGGAGAGAUCGGCUGCUGGUGCUGUGGAUGCACUGAAACUGUCCAGAACAAAAGCUCUCAUUUGUAUCCAGUGAUUCAGUCAGUAAGAACAAAUGCAUUUUGAGUCUGUAGGACUGCUUCCACGUCGCACAAGCUGAACAAAAUUUAGUCAAAGCUGCAAAAAGAAGCGGCUGCUCGCACCACAGUAGUACUUGGAUGAUGUACAAAAAUAUAUUGAUAGCCUUCGUGCUUUGAUAAUCUGUUGUUGCGUUGCAUUUGAACAGAUGAUAGAUUGUGUGUUUUGAGAAGUUUGUCUCAGUUUUUCUGUCUGUGUUUAUGAAGAGAGAGUCGUAGCUUUGUGCCCAUCAGAAGGUCUGCGCUGCCUCGGCCUUACAGGCAGCAAACGGCAGUCUGAACUCGUCUGUAAAAGUUAAAAAGAUAUACUGUUCUAUUUUAUUGAAUGUUUCUGAGCUCUGUUGCCUGUCCUGUGACCGUCAGGCUCUUUUAUUUUUGCCAUCUCGCUGUGAUUGUGCGUUAACUGUGAAGCUGCUUCAGGUUUGUUGUAGCUGAAUGUUGCGAGUGCUGAAUGUUGGAGAGUUUUCUGUGAAAUUUCAGUUGAUCUCAAGCAAAUCAGCAUAACUUAAAACCAAACAAAUGAUCUAAUCCGAGAGACAUCACCUUUAUAGCCGCGAUGAAUGACUCCCAAGAAACUCGACAAUCUGCUCUCUGACUGCUGAAGUAGUGAAACAAGUCAGUUUUGUUUGAUGCAUUGCUCUCCCAGUUGUCUUUUAAGCUUGAUUAGUCAAUAGUUAAUAACCCAAAACCUGAAGCGCACAGCUGUGGUUUAAUUUUAAGAGACGGAAACAGAAACUAAAUUCACAAAAGAAAAAGAAACUGCCGAUGUUCUUUGGGAAUCACGACUCAGUGUCUUUAAUUUAUGAGAUGAAGAUUCUCUGAUUAUGAGAUAAAUAUUUCAUCAUUUUCUCCUAGUUAUGAAAUGAGGAUCCUGCAAGAGUGAGCUGCAGAAGUCAGAGCUAUUUUAAGAAAUGUCUACAGUUUUAUUGUCGUACAAAUGUAACAAAGCUGCAGUUGUUUUCAAGCACAACAACCAUCCAUUGUACAGAGACAUAGUGACAACUGACCAACAGAGUUGACCUCAAUUUCUUUGAAUUAGAGUGAUUUACUGGACAAACUAAGUAGGUCUCCCUAUGGUUGGUACAGAAGACAGAAAUAAGGCUGUUAUAAAACAUCAAAUGAGUCCUUUACACUCCUAUUUUUGUCUCACUGAAGUUUCUGCAAACUUUAGAAGUUUCUUUAUGAUUUUACAUAUUUACACACUGUAUAGUUGUGACUGUCACCCACAAGUCGGUAUUUUAGUGCCUAAAACCUGACUUCUAUCAAAAGGUGAUGCAGUAUUUAUUGUUGGCGCCAUUAAAACGGACUGUGUGAAACGCUAGGAGUUUAUAGUAUUAGUCAUGUACAGUUAGAUUACUUUCCAAAGCCAACAACAUGAUCUAGAUUGUUUUUGACCUUUGAAUUUCUUGUAAAAACCUUCCUCUAUGAACCUCCUUUAAGUUUACAUCAGUUUUAGAAAAGUGCUAUAUGAAGAAAGUAUUUAGACUUCUAAGUUGUUGGACCACCACCUAUUCAGAGAGAGGUGGAAGAUGAAGUGAAGUACCUGUGUAGCGUGUAUGUGUGUGUCUGUGUGCUGCUGACUGUGCUGUUGUCGCUGUGUGUUGAGCUGAAGUUUGUGUUUUUCUUGCUUUGUGUGUGUUAAAGCAGCCGAGACCUCUGUGCGGAGAGCGCUGCAGAGGUAGAAGUAGGAACAGGAGCUGACUCGCAGACAGAGAUCGGAUUAACCUUGCUUAGCACAAACACUGGAAGCAGGAGGAAACUUUUAGCAUAGCUCCAUCUGAAGAGAAAAACAAUGACCUUCCAACUGCUCUGAGUCUGUCUGAUUCACAUGUAUGUUGUUUAUAAAUUGGUGCAUAUCAUAACUGAUUUUCUUUAUCUAAACAAAACUCAGCGUGCAACUUCCUGUGGAAAUUUGCUAUUUUAAGUCUUCAUCAUUGAAGAGAUUUGCACCCUCUACAAUCACAAAUGGUGUCAAAAUCUCGCUUCCUAAAUGACUGUCAUGUGCAAAUUACAGUUGUGCAGUUUUCUUCCAUACUUAGGCAUCAAUCACAAAUAUGCCAUUUCUUUUGAUGGGCUGAAAUCUGCCCCUGGUUCAGUUCUGCUCAGACACUUGUGUUGCAUGUUGCAUUCACUUUCUUGUCUCUGUUUACAGUCUGUUUCCAAUAGCCACGUCAAGAAAGGAAUCACAAAACAGCCUCUUUUUGACAGUCCAAAAUGCAGGUGAAUAUCAGAGGACCCAUGAUCAAACCCCGUGGAAGUCCGCAGGUGAAAUACUGAUUUACAUGUCAUCUUGUUAAGCUAUCUGCUACUGUUUUACCUUUCAUGUUGCAUGGUGUUCAGUAAACACCACACAACAUGUAGACCAGACAGACUGGGAGUUGCUGAAAGGUUGCUUCUUUUCUACCUUGUGGGAGCUGAAAUAAAAAUUUCUCCAUGCCUUCAGUCUAAGUUCAGCUAACUGCAUCCUGGACAUCAGAGAUCAGUUUGGAAAAGACAGACUGCGGGCAGAUUUAAUUAAACUGUUGCUGUAAAGUGUUUGGUUGGAGAGACAGGAUGUGUUAGAGUUUUCUUUCGUAAAGUGCAUGUUUCCUGUAGCUUGAGGCAGGUGAGAGUUUGAGGCUAGUUCACCAAAUGUGCACUUUUUCAUUUAACAAACACCUUGUGAAAACAGGUGGAGCUGAGACUCUUAUGGCUUCUAUUUGUUUGUCAUGAUGUUUUCGUGCUCUGCAGCCAUUCAGAAUGUAUUGAUUUAUCACCUGCCCACAACACAAACCUGAUUGGCCAUUGCUGUGAUGAUGUAACUGCUGCUGCUACAGGUGAUUGGUCAUUUGGGCUAGCUGCAUUUUGUGUUUUUGUUACAGUGCAUGCAACUCUGAACCAAACAAGCUGUAGAAACAGGCUGAAUAGAUGAAGCAAACCAAACAUUUACUCUGUAAGUGUACUGUUAUUAGAACUCUUUUUUAUGCAUUUGAUCAUAUGAAGGUCAGUCGACCGCCGUGUUUCUAAUGGAAUUAACCUUCCUGAUUAUUUAUUAAGUUGAAAUGAUUUACAGAUAUCUGAACUCUCAUGUGGUCAUUAUCAUCAGGAUUUCUUUGUAUCAUCAUGUCAUUUGUAAUAAACAGAUUUCAUGCA